GUUUAGAAUAAAUUUAACGUAUAUUGAGAAGAAAAGAAAAUGAAAGAUUUAUACAAUUUAAGAAAAUAGCAACGACACUGAUUAGUUUUAAAAAAUAUAUUCCAUAGCUAUCGUUGUUUUAAUAACAUAUUUAUAUUAUGAUAAAUGGCUGAUUAUGAGUUAAUGGAUGAGACCAAUGGAAUCCGAUAUAAAUAUUGUUGGUGGCGUAUAACAGUGCUACUGUGUGUUUACUUAUCCAUUACAAUUUUGGUAUUUCUUAUUUGGCAUAGAGCUUAUGAUUCCUAUGAUCAAACUGUCAAUUAUUUAGCGUUUACAAAUAGUGAGUAUGCCAUAUAUAUUUCGAUAUCUAUCGAAUAUAUAUAUUUUAUAAUUCAUUGCAUUGUAUUUGCCAAAGAUGUUUCUAUUCAAUUAUUGGAAAAAGCAACAGCUUAUAGUGCAGCUUUUCGAAAUCAUGGGGAGUUAUCUCAUGAUUUUCGAUUGGUUAAACCUUCAACGUUUCGUGUUAAAUCAUUGCAUUCUGAAAGUGAUUAUGAUUCCUUAGAAAAAAUUGAAAUGAGAGCACCUGCUCCUUCGAAACGAUUACUAGUCUGUUAUUACUCCUUGCCGAAUGCUGAUAAGUACUUAAACAAUUUACGCUUAAGUAAUGUCAAUGGCUCAUUGUGUACUCAUAUAAAUGUGGGAAUGACUUACGUGCAGAAUUUUUCAAUAGUCAUUGGUAAAGAAUUGAAUGAUGUUUUAGAGAAUGAAGUCCCCGAGUUUAGAAUACAAUAUCCCGAAUCCAAACUGUUGUUAUGGGUGGGUGGUGGCAGUAGUUCAAGUUUCGGGUUUGUGAAUAUGAUUAAAACCCAUAAGACGCGCAAGAUUUUUAUACAAUCAUUAAAACAUAUUUUACGUACGUAUCAACUCAAUGGAUGCGAUCUAGAUUGGGAAUUUCCUAGCGCUUACAAUAGAGAAAGACAACAUUUCUCACAAUUAUUAUACGAAAUACGGGCUGAAUAUGUAAGAGAAAAACGGCCUUACUUAUUGUCGGUAGCGGUGGCAGCUCCAGAGGGUAUAGCUUAUUUUGCUUAUGACGUCGGAGAAAUUAAUAAAUAUGCAAAUCAUGUUAAUGUAAUGACCUAUGAUUAUCACUUUUAUACAAAGAGCACACCCUUUACAGGCUUAAAUGCGCCCCUUUACGCUCGCCAUAACGAAUAUUCAAUAUUAAGCACUUUAAAUAUAAACUAUUCAGUCAAUUGGUGGUUGUUAAAUGGAUUAGAACGUUCUAAAUUGGUAGUUGGCUUACCUACCUAUGGACAUUCGUAUACGCUGGUAAACCCGUUUAACACUGGUAUUGGAGCCCCAGCAAAGGAUGUAGGACAAAGUGGUUUUGCAGGCUUUGUAGGUUAUUCAGAAAUUUGUUGGUUUAUGCAAAACAACUUACAUGUAGUUGAAGUCUACGAUCAACAGACUUGUUCGCCUUAUAUUCAUUGCGGCACAGAGUGGAUAUCUUUUGAAAAUUCUAUCAGUAUGCAAUGUAAAGCCGAAUAUAUUAGAAACAACCGAUUGGGCGGGGCUAUGUUGUUUUCUCUGAAUACCGACGAUUUUAAUGGAAUUUGCAACGAUCAGGGCUCCGAACAUUAUCCCUUAACAAAAAUUGUUGCAAACGUACUUCAGAAAUAAGAACGUAAAAAUGUUUGUGCAGA